UGGUGAGUCGUCUCGCCGCUAGCUACACCAACGCCAAGCUCUCUGCACCUCGCCAUCAGCAACAGCUCGCUACUCAACAUAAUUUAUCGUCUAUUCUUCAGGUCCCCUGCUUGUUGUCUGCCCCUGGCCCAGCUGACUGGAGGCCGAGCCACGGGUCGCCACUGCGCCGGAGUCUGUCGAUGUACAUCUGUACACAGCUAACGGCGUACAGCACUCAGCUGAUCCUCCAAACAUUUCCACCUACCGAGCAGGCGGAUUCAUAAUUCAAGCUGUCGCUGAGGGCAGGCUUGUUGCGUAGCUUCAUUUUUGUUGUCAAAAACUUUAUCUUCAUCUUCGUCAGCCAGACUGUAGCUAGGUCUUACGUUCAGCUGCAGCGGUUUCUUCAAGAUCUGCUUCUCAAUCUCUGAGGUCUCGCAGUGCUACCAAAGGUCUGCCUCGAAUUCCACAUACCCUCCCCGGAACAGAGGAAGCGUCGGAUUCACCUGUAAUUCGUCUGGUAGUCAAGGAAACCGGGCAAUAUGUCUGAUUUAUUCGUAGCGUUGCCUCCAGUGACGUCAGGCAACAGGGUCUUCUUUGCGAAGAACGCUGACAGACCACCGUCUGAGGUUCAGGAAGUAAUUUAUUGCCCUCCGGCUGACCAUGACCCCGGGGAGAAGGUCAAGUGUACAUUUCUGGAACUGCAGCAGGCGCCACAUACUCACGCUGUGAUUCUCAGCAAGGCCGGCUGGAGCUGGGGGGCCGAGAUGGGGGCAAACGAUCAGGGAGUGUGCGCUGGGAGCACGGCCGUCUGGACGGCUCUGUGUCAUCCUGGCGACCACGAGGAGCGCCUGAUAGGCGGUGAUUUCGUCAGACUGGCAUUAGAACGAGCGGGAUCUGCACGGGAGGCCCUCGAUACUGUAACGUCACUACUCGUCAAGAACGGUCAAGGAGGCCCAUGCUGUGAGGAUCCUUCCUACGGCCAAUGGACGUAUCAUAACUCUUUCCUUUUCGCUGAUCGCCAGGAGGCGUGGGCGUUGGAGACAGCGGGGCGCAUGUGGGUGGCGAAGAAAAUAACGGAGAGCGUCUACUCCAUGUCCAGCGUUCUGAGCAUCGGCACGGACUACGACCUCAGCUCCCCGGGCUUGAAAGAAGAGGCAGAGAAGAGUGGUCACUGGAAAGGUGACAGCGGGGAGGUCAACUUCGCACAGGCGUUCAACGCCACCUUCGCGGGACUCUCGUUGUCCGAGAGACAGCAGCCGCAGAAUCGCCUGCGAUGUGGCCGCCAACUCUUGCAGGCUCGUGCUGCCAAAGGUAACAUUUCCUUGAGUGACUUUUUUGAAAUUCUUCGGGACAAGGAGUCUUGCAUUAACAUCUGUGGUGACCUCCUCACCGUUGGCAGUCAAGUUUCAGUGCUGCAACCACCCAAUUCAGAAGUGCCUGAUGUCCACUGGUUUACUGCCACUCCAUUUCCCGAUUUAUCUGUUUUCAAGCCGUUCAUCUUUUGCGCUAAUCCAGUGCUUGGACACUCUACCGUCUCUCCUGUAAUUUCAAUGGAAACUAAAGGAAGGUCCGGCUCCCAGACAUGCGCAGACAGGCGCCAUCUGCUGUACCGUAUGCACGAACAAGGGAGAGAAAUCAUGGAGAGCGGAAGUCCUCAAGGGAAGAAACUUCUCGACACAAUGAGAAUCCUGGAAAGACAGUGCGUGCGAGAUAUCGCCGAAUUUCUCACUAGUUUUGAACCGUCGCUUAUGGAAGAGGUUCCCGAACUAUUCAAAGAUCUGGUCGAAUCUGAAAUAAAGUUUUACAAGUGAAAAUACCACCUUGUCCGAUGCCUGUAAAUCAUAUCUGCUAUUCUGAUAUGCAUCGCUGUAGGCUAUCAUCGUAUAGAGCUCAAAUGUGAGCGGCAACAGCUGCUCACGUCUCAUCGUGUCAUCCCCACGGCAUUAGAUAAAAGUUUUAAACAAGAGAAAACAGGUGCGCAAAUUGUUUCAGGGGAAGGGAAAUGAAAGGUAUGCCUAACCUCUCUGCUUAUUUACUAUGUGAGAAUCGAUGUGGGUUUAUCACAAUUUUUGUGUAAUAUGCAUCUCAUAAAAUCAUAAUAAUGUCUUUUAAAUUGUAUAUCUUCACACAAGCCAAGAAAAUGUCAGUAUCCAACCACUGUGUGAUUAUAAAUUUCAUCAAGUGUUCUGUUUCGUUUUUUGAUAAAUAAAGUGCCGCGCACCAUAGGAAACAAUUAGGUUCCAACAUUAAUCCCUGUUUAACAUAACAACUUAGGUUACUUAUAUUGAAGUUGUUUCUUAAAAAAUUUACUAUUUAGAAAGAUAGUCUUGACAGGAAAACUUUAAAAAUUUCAGUCUAGAUUUUGAAAACGCUUUGGAUCCCAAGCAUAGGUAGUGUAGGUGACACUGCAAUCCCCCCUCCGCUCCGUCUUUUCGGUAAUAGAUUAAUGCACUUAACCGUGCAGUAAUUCUUUUUAACUUAAUUUUUCAUUGCAAAUAGCAGUUGUUCGCAUAGGUAUUUACCUCCCUCGUGCGUGGCGUGUUUAAUGGAGUGUGCUAAUCUCCUUGGUGUCAAUUUUUUUUUUUUUAAUCUGAAAGUUGACAUGCAAUAGUCACAGUAUUCGUUCAUGGAUGCUGAAUUCUGUGUUCCUGCCGUUGGAUGGUAAAGCACUCGUUAAAUCGUGUGUGGCACUGCGAUCUGGAAACUCCUCCUGAAAAAAAAAAACAUAGCACAGAAAAAUAGUAAAAGGAACAAAAUGAAUAAAAAUAGCCGCAUCUCUAAUAAUGGUGCCUCUGUUCUGUGCAGUCAUGCGAAUCAUCCUUGCCAAUCCUUAGAACUGAGGCGUGUAAAUGGUUGUGAAAUCCUUACAUGUUUUCAGGUUUUUCUAAACAACAAUCAUUUUCCUGUUUAUAAAUAAAUUCCUUGCGAAUUCAUCAUUCCUGCUUGAAAAUAUUUGGAUGAUUACCAUUAUGAACUUAUGAACUAUUGCUUUGCAAAUGCACACACUUUUAUGGCGAUGGGUUUAAUUACAUAAAUGACGAUUUUGUGGGACUGGGUGUGCCGAGUCCAACAUCGCAAUUGCCUUAAGUGCCGGGCUUAGUGUAAGCGUACUUGUAAUUUUUUUUUUUUUUAAGAUUACCAAACAAAGCUUUGAGUUGGAUUAUGCAUUGUGAAAAUCGAAAGCUGAUUUGCCUUACUGUGUCUUACUAUGUAUCUUCACGCAGUCUAGAAAUGCAUUGUCACAAAGUACAAUUUGUACAAUUUUUUUAAGGCUCCGUUUUUGCAGUGCAUUUGCGAUAUUCUUUGUGAGAUGUUCACAGCUUGAUACACGGGGCCUAUUUUGUAUAUAAAGGUGCUAACAGACCAAUAAGUUAUUCUUGUGUAUAUUUAGCUUCUAAGGUUUUCUGUAAUUUUACGUCGAAGGUUUUAAAGACUUUGAGUGCGAAAUUCAUCGGGGCAUGGAAAACAAAUUGUUUAUAUAACUCACAGGAUCAGCAAGUUGCAUCGUGGAUUUUACGGUUCUAGACUGUUUUCAGAGUGAGAAGCUCUCUUAUCUGGACACAUAUAGUCGAAUAUGUAACUAUGUUUGGCAAAUGUUUAUAUGACCAUCAUGUAAAUUUUACCAGAUAUUGUCAUAUAUUUGGUAAAUUGUCCAACCGAGAAGGUCCUUAAAACAAGGAUUUUGACCACUUGAUUUUAAUUUAAAGCUUUGUGGUAAUCGAUUUGUGGUCACCUGCUUCUCUGAAUGGUUUUCAUGCGGACUUGUUUUUUUUUUCCAUGGCAGUUGAUUUGUAUUUUGUAAAUUAUGUGAUUUAUGAUGGCUUAUUGAUUUUCUUAUCUGACACGCCAGCCCCCCUUUCAUAAUAUUUUCAUGAAACCGUCUGUGCAUGAUCUAGUGAAGGCGAACAGACCAUCUCGGAGAGUGAAAAUUUGUUGUCAUUUGUUCUACAUAAGGGUCACUUUAAAAUUUAACAAAAAAUGUAAGGAUGUGCUCUUAUAUCACUGCACUAUGAUUUUUUUCAAACUUUUUCUUUAGAUGUGAUUCUUAGGUUUUAAAAAUAAUAUUUUCUAAAGAAUUUCUCCUUUCGACAGUCCAUAGAAACGAACCUUUUCUUGAUCUCGGCUUUUCCGUUCUUGAAUCUUAAUUUUUUUUCCGUUUCCCUGAAAGCCGCAUUCUAUGAUUACGUAGAUGACGUAUAGUAACUGAGAUACCAACAAGGACGACGUUACGGUCCUUCCACGCAUCCAUCCAUUCGCCUAUUCAGGAACUGUGCUAAAAUGGCGUUUUAUGUGCAGACAGAAGACGAGUGUUCGUCGCUUUUGCUGAAGUUAAACAUAUUGCUGAAAUCACAUUCUGUAGACGAGGUUGUGCAGAGAUAAAACAUGCUAAAAGGGACGGCAAAUGUACACAGUACCGUUUGAUCGUAACUCCUUUUGUCCAACACACACUAUUGUUAACACAUUUAACAAUCUGUUUGCCUCUAGGCUAUUUUUCUGCGUGUGUGUGCUUGAUACGGAUUUUACAUUUCUGCACGCAAGCUGCGAUGUGGUAGUAGCAGCCCACAAACUAUACAGACUACGAGCAAACGUGAAAUAAAGCUAUGAUAAAAAACAGUU